CUGAAUGGUUGCUUUUCCCUUUUAAAAUAUAAAUAAUUUAGACGGUGUACCCUGAGUAAUCUUGAUUGCUUCCCCCCCACCCCCACUGUAGUAGACAUGCCUACCUAUUGCUGCAUAAGUAAUACUGAAGUUUAACUUCUCAUUUUUUCUUGUGUGACAAGUGUAUCAACAGCUUUAUAAAAAAGGGUUUUUGCUCUCUAGACCAAUGCCUAUAAAGGAUAAAUUGUUUAGUCGGUAAUAAUCAAUCAUUCAAACCCAACUAUUUUAUAGCUACACUAAUCAUGUUAGUAUCACUGGGGGAAGGGGGGGGAAGACUAAGCUAAAAAGAUUUCAGUCCCAAACAGAAAAUGUUAUUGUGAAAUAAAGAAUUCACACUUCUCAAUCAUUUUUAAUUUUGAAAAAAAGCACUCAGCACUAGGUAGUAAAUACUCUUUGUUUUAUAGCUGGCCUCCAACAAUGUUGCCCCAACUGUUUCACAUAGUCACAGCAAUAGCCUUUUUGCUGGUGACAUGCCAUGCCUGGGACCACCAUGAAGGAAUUCACAGAAUCCCUGGACUGAAUGGAUUGCCUGUAAAAGAAGGAACGCCUGGUUUAAAAGCAUACCAAGGACUGCGAGGCCUACUUGCUUCUCAUGUUCCUAAAUUACAAGAAAUCAUCAAAGGAUUCAAAAAUCGAAUUGCCAGACUGGAAAGAGUCCUUACUUUGGAUGGGACCAUAAAGACAGUUGGAAAAAAAACAUUUGCUACCAAUCGGCAAGAAGGCAAUUUUCAGACCGCAUUGGAAGCAUGCAAACAGGCGGGCGGCUCCAUUGCAUCUCCCAAGAAUAAGGGGGAGAAUGAUGCUGUUUUCAGUAUUGUGAGGUUAUUUAACAAAUGUACCUAUCUGGGUAUUGAGGAGCAUGGGAUUCCAGGUGAAGUCAGUUCCCUGGAUAGAAUAGCCCCAAAUUAUACCAACUGGCAUGCAGAUGAGCCCAGUGACAUAGGGGAAGAAAACUGCACAGCGAUGUGCACGGACGGUGCUUGGAAUGGCACAAGUUGCAACCAGUACUGCCUCACUAUAUGUGAAUUUUAAUCCUUGCUCCUACCUUUCCUUUAAAAGGUCGGACAUCUGUAGGGUCCUUUGAAUUCUCUUUCAUCCAUAAACAAGAAUCUGUCUUCUCAGCAUUGUAGUUAGUGACUUCUGUGAUUAUUCUGUAUGAGAAAAUGAAAAUCAAUAAAGUCAUGAUGCACUGUGAUAACCAUAGAAGGAGGGAGUUACCUUUAACCACAGCACUGACUAAUUUACAGAAUUCCUGUCAACCCCACUGUGCUGCUGGUUUCAUUUAUAAGCAGAAUUUGCAAUGUUUAAUUACAGAUAUGAUAUGCCAGCCUAGUCUACCAGCCUGGACCCAUUUGGGACACUAAGGGGUAACCUAUGAACAAGAAAAAUUGUAUCACCACAAGUUAGGCACAUAUCUGGUGAUCAGCAGGAUGGAUGUAGAUCCUGGAAGUGGUGCCGUUUUUCUAUAUCAUGUAAUGUUUAAAUGUUAUUGAGCAUCCAAUCCAAAAGUGUCAUAAAAAGAGACAACUCAUAGAAACAUAGUUUAAUUUUGACCAAAAUUAGCAGAAAGCUUCUAAAUACAAUAAUGCAACUAUGUACUCUCAAUAGUACUGUUUGGAAAGUUUGGGAAAUAUUUAGCUGCGGAUUAUCUAUUUUUCCCAUACUUGGCCUUUGUCUGCAGUCACACAAAAGUAUGAACUUGUUUGUACUGUAUAAUACAUCAAACUUUGUCAUUAUUUGUAGAAUAGACUGAUUUGAGAACAGUUUUCCAUCUGCUAUUUUUAUGAAGUUUUGCAAAUAAUAAGACCCCAGCCACUUAAUUAUAGAACAUUUUUUUAAUUAUUGGCUCAACCGAUGACAAGUAUAAAGUACACAUGGUACACCUGUACUUAUCUCCUUACUAUCACUGAAUACAAUGACAAUACAUGUUAACUACUUAUAUAACAGUAAUGACUGAGUAGAGGGCUGUAGAAUGUGUUUAUGAAUAUAUCCUGUGAAUUACAAAGUGACCUAUGUGCUGUUAUGUAACCCCUACAUAUAACUAUGAACUAGUGGAUGUCUAAUGCAACAUUACUACUCCCUCUCUGAACCUGUGACUGAUAAGUACAGUACUUUGUUGGUACGCUCGUCACUGUCACCAUUGCAUGCAUCAGA